AUGGAUUAACCAAAUCUUUCCAAAAAUCUUUAAUAAAUACUUCCAAAAGACCCUUUAUAAUGGAAUAUAAAAGACACUUUAAGAUGGUUAUAGUUUAUAGGAUUAGAAUGUUAUUAAGAAUAAUUCAGUAAAAAAGCUUUUUACAUAUACAAAUAAAUAUUUAUAUAUUUUUCAAUUAAAGCAUAAAAUGCAAUAGACGGUUCAUGUCUUAAAGUAUUAACAGAAGUAAACUUAAUAUAAAUAGGAAUAACGAACUUGACUCAUUUAUCUAAAAUAAACAUGUGGAUUAAAGUAGGUUUAGAUGACUAUUCUGGUUUCCUAAAAAACAAUUUAAAUUCAUUUGAUCAAAGAUAAAACCAAAAUUGGAACAGCUAACUUUAAUAAAUCGAAAAUUAAUAACAAUAUACUAUAAAAGAAAUAGGAAAUAUUCAAAAAGAAAAAAAAGUUGAAAAAGAAAAGGAAAAAGUUUAUGAAGAACGUUAUGAGUUAAUAUUAUCUUCAACAUGGGAAAUUAAUAAACAAUUUUUUAAAAUAAAAGAAAAUGGUGCGAAAAUAGGUAAAGCUUCUCAAAAUUAAAUAGUUUUAUUUGAUUAUUAAGUUUAGAAUUUUCAUUCUGAAAUAACUUUUGAAAAAGAUCAAUUUUUUAUGAAAGAUCUUUAAUCUUAAAGUGGAACUUUUAUAAAAAUUAAAGAUAGAUUAGAGCUUUAAGAAGGGUUGUUUUUUGAAUUAGGUUCUCAAUAACUUUUAGUGAGUUAAUUGUCAACUAAAAAAUAACCUUUUGUUAUAUUGAAUUAAUUAAUUAAUAAUCCAAAUCCAAAUCGUAAUAAUUGGAUGAAAGGAGAAAGUCAUAAAUUAUAUUUUAAAGAAAUAAGUGAAACAUUUUAAGAAAAUAAUGGCAAAUUUAUAACUAUUGGAAGAAAGGUUACUAAUUAAUUAAAUUUUUAAAAUGAUUUGCUUAUGUCUUUAGAACAUGCUAAAAUUUUUCUAAUAUAAGAUCAUUUCUUUAUAGAAGAUUAAUCUUCUACUAACGGAACAUGGAUUAAAUUAUAAAGUGGAUAAAUAUAUAGCAUUCAAGAUAUGAGUUAAGUGAGGAUUGGUAGUACUUUUGUAUAUAAUUGUUAAAUUAAAAAAUAUAAAGAAGAAGUUUAAUGUUAGGAUAAUUUAUGUUCUAUAUGUUUUGUAAAUGAAAGAUAAGCUGUAUUUUUACCUUGUAGACAUUUUGCUUGUUGUAUUUAUUGUUGUAAAAGUUUAAAAAAAUGUGUUAUUUGUAGAUUAGCAAUUUAAGAUUUUGUUAAAGUUUAUAACGCUUGA